UACUUGAUCUGAACGCAUUUUCUUGUUUUUUUUAUUCGAUUAAUAUUUUAAAAAUUGAAAAAUGGAACGAAGAUCAUUCAGAUAUAGUUCAAGCUAUUAUAGAAAAAUUGAUGCAUUGCGAAAAAGUUUAAAUAAUACGUAUAAUACUAAUCAAGUUUUAAAUAUAAGUGUCGGCAAUGACAUUGCAGAAGAAAAUGAGACUUCAAUGGACAUUGAUUUUGAAGAAGAGAAUAUUAAUUUGGAUUAUUCAUCAGAUGAAAAUACUGAAGAUGAGGAGGAAUAUAAUACACCAGAUCUGCAUAAUGAUAUUCAUAUCUGGGCAAUCGAGCAUGACAUAAAACAUGACGCACUUACAAAAUUAUUGCAUAUUUUGAGACAAUUUCCAAUGUUUCAAUAUCUACCUUUAGAUGCGCGUACAAUCUUAGAAACACCAAGGCAUAUAGAUGUGAAGCCAAUGGGAAACGGAGAAAUGUGGUAUCAUGGAGUUAAAACCGUUGUCUGUAAACAACUUGAACAACUGAAUAUAGACAAUUUACCAAAAAUAUCAAUCAGGUUUCAUGUAGAUGGUCUUCAAGUAUUUAAAAGCUCAAAGAUUGAUGUAUGGCCAAUAUUAUGUGCCAUUGAUGAGCUUCCUAAUAUUCCACCACAAGUUGUUGCAAUCUAUUGUGGAAACGGUAAGCCUUCCUGUGUGUCGGAAUACUUUGAAAAAUUUAUUCCAGAUGUUCAGGAUCUAAUAAGGAAUGGUUUGAAGAUUGGCAUGCACCAUAUUAUAGUCUCUAUUAAGAGCUUUUUGUGUGAUCUUCCCGCGCGAGCAUUUGUUAAAGGUACCGUGUAUUAUAAUCACAGAUAUGGAUGCAGUAAAUGCACAGUUGAAGGAGAAAAUGAUCCAGGACCACGAAUGAGCUAUCCUACAUUGAAUGCUCCUAAGAGAACUAAUGAAAGUUUUAGGAGACGUCAAGAUCCCUCGCAUCACCAUGAAACAUCUAUUAUUGAAGAAUUGCCAAUCGACAUGAUUACAGCAUUUCCAGUUUCCGAUGAUCUUCAUUUACUGCACCUAGGUGUUAUGAAAAGAUUAGUUUUAGGUUGGAUGGAAGGUAAAUUUAAUUACCACUCAAAAUGGCCAGCUGCAAUUACUAAAAAAGUCUCUAGAAGGUUGGUUAAGCUUAAUUAUUACAGACCAAAAGAACUUCAUCGUAAUAUCAGAGAUUUGAAUGAGAUUUCUAGAUGGAAGGCAACUGAGUGGCGAACUUUCCUUAUGUAUACCGGUGUUGUAAUUUUAAAAGAUAUUCUCAAAGAAGAUGUUUUUUAUAAUUUCUUAUUACUUUUCUGUAGUGUAACAAUUUGCGAAUCUCGUCAUUAUCACCACUUACUGCCAGUUGCGGAAGCCAUGUUACAAGAAUUUGUAAAAACAUAUAUACAGCUCUAUGGUCGCGAUCAAAUUGUUAUGAAUAUUCACAGCAUCAUACACGUGGUUGAUGACGUUCGAAAUCAUGGGCCAUUAUUAUCCAUGUCUACUUAUCCCUUUGAAAACGAAUUGCAAAGUAUUAAAAAAAAAGUGAGAAAUGGAAAUCGUCCACUCGUUCAAAUUGCUCGAAGACAAAUGGAAAAAUCUUAUGUGGACUUGCUAAAAGCAAAAAAGGUUAAAGUAUAUCCAAAGUUGGACAAAAAGAUAUCAAAUUCACACGAACUCGAUGAAUGUUCUGGUACCUAUAAGGCCCUAGACUUAAGAAAAGAUUUUACACUAAAGGGUGAUCAUAAAAAUUGUUGGUUUAUGAAUUACUCAAAUGAAAUUGUCAGAGUUAUAAAUAUUACACAGCACAAUUCAGAAAUUGUUAUUUAUGGUCAAAAGGUACGAGAAAUUUCAGAUUAUUUUACUCAAGUUAUUAAAUCAUCAACCUUGAAUAUUUAUUGCUCCUCAGAUUUAGUUUAUGAUAGAAAGAGAAUUUAUAAAUUGUCUGAAAUUAAAUGUAAAAUGUUUGGUAUGGAACAUAAGUCUAAGACAAUUUUUAUUCCGCUUUUACAUACCCUCUUUUAUACCCUUUAAACCGAUUAAAUUGUGUAAAAGGAAAGAAGCAAAGAUUUGUAAAUAAAUUUGUUAUCAUAAUAUAAAAAUGAAAAAAAUAUAAAUAAAGUAUCGAUAAUGGGCCUUAUUCAGCGACCAAGAAACCCUUGAAAUUCGCUUGAAAUCUUGAAAUAUCAGUACAAAAUUCAAAGAUUUCAAUGGUUUCUUGGUCGCUGAAUUAGGCCCAAUGUUACACUUUUUAAAUGCUUUAUAUAUAAUGCUAUUAUAAAAAAGCGCUGUUAUUAUAAUUUAGAAUUAAUUCUAUAACUGUGCACAAAAUGUAUAAGUAGUAAUUUAAAAAAUAAUUGGUUUUACAUAAAAUUGAAAAUAAAAUCAUAAAUCAUAUCUCACACAUAUGGAAAUGAGUCUUUUGAAUCUCAGAAACUCUAAGAGGGUUUCUUUACGUUCGGAUGUCCCAUUUCUAACUUCAUUGCUGCCGUACAAAACUUUGUAGAAGGUCUUGUAAGACACAUACGCACAAUCUUGGUCACCCGCAUAAGCAUUCUUCCCUAUAGUUAUAUGACA